AUGUAUCUAUUUUCUGAAUAUGAUACUUUUUGGAUAUAUUUAUCCAUAUCCAGUCUUAUUCCGAUUCUGGCAUUCUCAAUUUCAAGAAGUUUGGCUCCAAUAAGUAAAGGGGCGGAGAAAGCCACUAGUUAUGAAUCAGGUAUAGAACCAAUGGGAGAUACCUGGAUCCAAUUUAGAAUUCGUUAUUAUAUGUUUGCUUUAGUUUUCGUUGUUUUUGAUGUGGAAACAGUCUUCCUCUAUCCGUGGGCCAUGAGUUUUGAUAUUUUGGGUCUAUUUACAUUUAUAGAAGCUUUUAUUUUCGUGAUUAUCUUAAUUGUUGGUUUAGUUUAUGCAUGGAGAAAAGGAGCAUUGGAAUGGUCUUAA